AUGGGGGUGCUCUUCAAGCAGUACCUCUCCGGCGAUAAAAUAUACACGUGCAGCCAGUGCAAGACGCACUGCACCGACCACGGCCAGCUGAUUAGCAAGGCCUUCCAAGGACGGCAUGGGCGAGCGUACCUGUUCAGUGACGUCGUGAAUGUCACGCUGGGACCACGCGAGGACCGCAUGCUCAUCACGGGGCUGCACACCGUGUGCGACUGCUACUGCAUCACCUGCAACAGCGUGCUGGGCUGGAAGUACGAGGUGGCAUACGAGGAGAGCCAGAAGUACAAGGAGGGCAAGUACAUCCUAGAGAAGGCCAAGGUGCAAAAGGAGGGGUCAUGGUGA